AUGAACGAAGGCACGGAUGUCGCGCAAUCCGCCGCGGAUGUUGUUCUCAUGCGGCCUUCUCUGGCUGGUAUCCUCACCAUGAUGGAUGCCAGUCGGAAGUCUGUCAACCGCAUCAAGUUCAACUUUAUAUGGAGCUUCGUGUACAACACCUUUGCAGUCCUUCUCGCUGCGGGUGCUUUUGUCAAUGCGAGAAUUCCUCCAGAGUUUGCGGGGCUGGGAGAGUUGGUGAGUGUAUUGCCAGUCAUUGCUGCUGCGUGUUACGCGGUGCCUGCUGAGGGUAGCCGUUUCCUGCGUCGCGCUAACCGUCAUGCCGUAUAA